AUCAUAGAGGAGCAAGAUAGACCACUCCUCGAAAAACGCGUAGUAUGACGUGUGUGAUUGUCGACGCCAUUUUUUGAGGCAUUUUAUUGGGUAAGAUCUUUGUAUUGGGCUGUAAUGGCGUCCGCAUCUAAAUGUUCAUCUCACUGCUCCGCUAUCAAUUGUUCUAAUCGUAAAUCUAAACGACCAGAGCUGUCAUUCUUUAGGUUCCCCGAUAAAAAAGAAAGAUGUCAACGGUGGGUCCAGAAUACUCGUCGACAAGAUCUCCUACACCGAACUACGGAGUACUUGUCAGCCAACUGUUGUCUUUGUUCUUUACACUUUGAACUUGACCAGUUUUCCAACAAGCAGACCAAGAACAGGCUAAAUUGGAAUGCAGUUCCAACGCUCUUCGACAUUCCUAACCCGCCGAAACGUCUGUCUUCCCAACGCAGGUUACUCAAGAGGACGAAUGAGAACCUCCCAUCCUCACCAACGCCUUUAAAACAGCAAAGAGUGCCACACAACAUACAGACAGAACAUUCUUACUGCUCAGCUGCAGACAAAGUUCCGCGGGAAGAACCCAUCAGUGUCUCUACAACUUCUGAAACACCUGAUCUUCAAAUCACACAAAAUGUAAAUGACAGCAGAGCUCUGAAGAAGGAAAGACAGCGUACUUUCCGCCUCAAAAAAAAAGUACAACUGAUCAAAUUAUCAAUGGGAAAGAAUACUACAGAAAGUAAGACAAUCAGUGACUUGAUCAGAGGGGCUGGUGAAUUUUUACAAGAACCAGCACUGUCUUUCUUUGCGUCGCAGUUGCGUAAUGCGUCUGGACGUAGAAGUGCAAGAGGAAGACGAUGGAGUUAUUCAGACAAGGUAGUUGCCUUGUCCCUCUACCACCAGAGUCCCCGAGCAUAUCAGUUCUGCCAGUGCAUUUUCACACUUCCAUCAAUCUCAUCACUACGUAGGUGGUUGUGCAAUAUUGAAGUGCGGCCUGGGUUUCCCCCUAAGAUCUUUGAACUUUUGAAAGACAGGGUUGCGGGGAUGUCAGAGAGAGAUACAUUAUGUGUAGUCUCCUUUGACGAAAUGAGUUUACGUGCAAGCCUCUCUUACAAUAUUACUGAGGAUUCAGUUGAGGGCUUUGAGGACUUUGGAUCUCUAGGGAAGACGUCAAGGCCUGCCAACCAUGCUCUUGUUUUCAUGGUUAGAGGCUUGAUGGGGAAAUGGAAGCAACCUGUAGGUUACUUUCUUUCACGGGACUGCACAAAGGCUGACAAACUGAAAACAUUACUCAAUUAAUGUUUACAGAAGGUUAAGGCUAUUGGACUACAGCCUAAGGCCGUUGUUUGUGACCAAGGCCCAAGCAAUGUUCGACUAUACUCCAACUUGGGUGUGACGGAAGACCAUCCUUUCUUCGUCCACGGGGGAACCAAUAUCUAUUGCAUGCAUGACCCACCCCACUUGUUGAAAAACACUCGAUCAAACUUGGAGAAAUAUGUUUUUGAGGUCAAGGGAGAGGAUGGCAUAAAAAGACAUAUCAAAUGGGCACAUAUUUACGCAUUUUAUGAGCAUGAUUCACAGUUGCCCAUUAGAAAAGCCCAUAAAUUAACCAGAGGCCAUUUUGUUUUAAACAGCUUCUCUAAAAUGAGAGUCAACAAGGCUGCGCAGGUGCUUAGCCAUUCAGUAGCAGCAAGUGUCUACACCUAUGCAACUCUUGGAAAGUUACCUGGGGAGGCUGUUUAUACGGC